UGGGUUGACGCAACUUCCCGCCGGUGUUCACGCUUUCCUGACUGGGUAGAUCAAUGGCCAACUAAGACCCGCAGACAUACGACACUUUUAACAUAUUUUAAAGAGUUCAAGUCAGACGUUUUAACUCCUGUUAGUCAGGUUCUGUAGAGAUGCCGGGUCUCAGCUGUCGGUUCUACCAGCAUCGCUUCCCUGAGGUGGAGGAUGUGGUGAUGGUGAACGUUCGCUCCAUCGCUGAGAUGGGCGCGUACGUCAGUCUGCUGGAGUACAACAACAUCGAGGGCAUGAUCCUGCUGAGCGAGCUGUCCCGCAGACGCAUUCGAUCCAUCAACAAACUCAUCCGCAUCGGACGCAAUGAAUGCGUGGUGGUCAUCAGAGUGGACAAGGAGAAGGGAUACAUUGAUUUGUCCAAGCGCAGAGUCUCUCCAGAAGAAGCCAUCAAGUGUGAGGAUAAAUUCACCAAAUCUAAAACUGUUUACAGUAUUUUGCGUCAUGUUGCUGAAGUGUUGGAGUACAGUAAAGAUGAGCAGCUGGAGAGUUUGUUCCAGCGCACCGCAUGGGUCUUUGAUGAGAAGUACAAGAAACCUGGAUACGGAGCGUAUGACGUUUUCAAACAGGCCGUGUCCGAUCCCUCUAUCCUGGACGGGCUGGAUUUGACGGAGGAAGAGAGAAACGUGCUCAUCGACAACAUCAACAGACGACUCACACCACAGGCCGUCAAAAUAAGAGCUGACAUCGAGGUGGCGUGUUAUGGAUAUGAAGGGAUUGAUGCUGUUAAAGAUGCUCUGAGGGCGGGACUUGGCUGUUCCACAGAGGCCAUGCCAGUCAAGAUCAACCUGAUCGCACCACCACGCUACGUCAUGACCACGACCACACUGGAGCGCACAGAGGGACUGUCGGUGCUCAACCAGGCCAUGGCUGUCAUCAAAGAGAGGAUCGAGGAGAAAAGAGGGGUCUUUAACAUUCAGAUGGAGCCCAAAGUGGUCACAGACACAGAUGAGACGGAGCUGCAGAGACAGCUGGAGCGUUUGGAGCGAGAGAACGCUGAGGUGGAUGGAGACGAUGACGCUGAGGAGAUGGAGGCCAAAGCUGAAGAUUAGACACUCCAGAAACUCAUCCAUAUGAACUCUUUUAUAUGGACGCCGUCGUCAUUCAUCAUCCAGUUUACAGCAGUUUGGUCAUUUAAAAACUAUCAUAAGUGUGUGUUAUAGCUUCAGCUCGAGCGAUCGUGUGCUGUAAAGCUGAUUUUCUGAACCGGUGGCCUUUUAAUAACCUCAACACAUGACCAACUUCAGUCUGAUUCAACAUUACAGAGUGAAAACUGUUCACAUUUCAGAAGCUGAACUGUCUGUAAAUGUCAAACUUGAGUUUCUCUCUGCUUCCUCUGUCAGUAAACAUCUGGAUGAGAAAAAAAUCUCAAUGAUGAGUGUCAGCGUUUUGUUUGAAAGCAAUACAUCUUACGCCUUAAAAACAACAUUUCGGUU